AUGUGCGCCAACCACCCAUCCCCCCCGGCAUCCCCCCUCUCCCUCCCCGUUCCCCCUCCCUUCACCUCCCCCCCCGAAAACCUCCUCGACGACGUCUUCGAAUCCUCUCACCCCACCUCCCACGACCCCCACGCCGCACAUGACCCUGCCAUCCCCCCACCCCGCCAUGAACCAGACGACCAGCCCCGCCUCCGCCAAACGCACGUCGCCGCCGGCUACCGCGAGGGGAUCAGCACCGCGAAGGAGGGGAGCAUGCAGAUGGGGUUUGACCGGGGGUAUGAAGUGGGCGGUGCGGUAGGACGAGAAGCGGGAUGGGUGGUAGGGGCGUUAGGGGCUAUAUUAGUGGCGGUGGGGAGAGCUGAGGGGGAAGGUCAGGGUGGUGUUCGUGGAGGGUUGUCGGGGAAGGUGGCGAGGUUGUUGGAGGAGGCGAGGGGGGAGUUGACAGUGGAGGAGUUAUUUCGGGAGGAGGUAAUGGGGGAGUUUCGAAGGGAGGUGGAGGUAAGGGGGCUGAGUGUGGAGGUGUACGGGGGAAGGUUGGUGAAAGGGCAUCCAGUGUUGGAGCGGUGGAGGGGACGGGUGAGGGAGGUGGUGGGGGAGGCGGGGAUGGAUGUGCGGUUGCUGGAUAUGGAGGGAUGAGAGUAGCGAAGGAAAUGAGGACAGGAGAGAACGGUCAAGCGGAAAUUAUAUACUAUAAGUCAUCAUUGGCUAUGGGAGGGAGUACUUAUCCGCUAGAACAACAGCAUCGUCGCUAUCUACGCUCCGCUUGGGCAUGCGAUGUAUGCAUUUCUAUUC